AUGAAUAUUAAAUUAUUAGUUACAUUAAUUAUUUUAUUAAUUUCUUUUUCAAAUGCCAUUUCAAUUAACAUAAAUAAAAUUCCAUCAGAGUCUAUGGGUAAAAAGUCAGAUGGAGGGUGUGGCGAAAAAAAAGGAUUUACUGCAAAUUAUGAAAUAGUUGCUGACAAUAUAAAUAUUGCAGUUUCCAAUUUUAUCGCACCCGAUUCAUAUUUUGAACGUGGAACAUAUAUUGUUGACUAUGAAAAUCAACUCUCAGUAUGGGACUUCAACAGUACAACUGAUGGUGUAAUUAUUAUAGGAAAAGCCUAUGGAUUCAUUAGAAACUCAACCCAAUAUUAUGUUUAUAAGGUUAAUGGUGUAGAAAUGUGUACUAAAGGUAUCUUACAAACAAAUUUAAUCGAAAAUAUUUCAAUAUCAAAAAAAGUAGGAUCAACAAAUGUUGGAUCACACCAAUUUGAUGUUUAUGAAAAUUUUACCCCAGUCUAUAACCUCACUCAACAAUAUGCAGUUUAUGAUCCAAAUGAUUGCUCACUAGUAAGCUUACAUAUGUCAGAUAGUGUUCUUUACUCAGGACAAGCAAUCCUUAACGUUUACGACUAUAAACCAUAUGUUGAUGUUUCCAGAACUCAAGUCCCAUCGUUAUGUUUUGAAUAA